AUGGCUACACACAAUAUUGCUUUUACUGCUCCGAUCAACCCGACUGGAGCCAGCCCAAUUCUCAAUGGAGAUCAAGUUUGGGCUGGCUUGCUCCUCAAAAUCCGAUCUGCGGAGACAUUUGUCCCCAUGGCCAUCAAGUCAACCACUGUGGUCUCCGAAACCACUGACCCGUCAAGCGGAAACCCAGUCACCGUUCGCGAUGUUAUUUUCGUCGAAAACAAUCGCAAAGUGACAGAGACCGUCACCGCCUACAAGCCUUCAAGGGUCGUCUUUGUCCAACCCGAUGGAAGCAUAAUCACCAAUGUGGUUAGCGAGGGCGCAGACGGAGAGUUGUACAUGACGUACACAUUCGAAUGGAGACAUCCCGGUGCCUCCUCCACGGAGCUAGAAGCAUUUUUACACAAGGAGAAGCAGAUGAUGAAGCUAGCUGUGGAGGGAACCAUUACUGUGUUGCGGCAGUUGGUGAAAGAUGGGAAGAUUUGA